CGGACCGGACCGCCAGUACCGGCGGAGACGGCGUGGCUGGCACGCGCAGGAGACGGCGCUCGGCUGUGCCUGCGGUGCGCGGUACACGAUGGAGGACGGCGCGCAGCUGAACGGUGUGGUGGUGGACGGCGGACGGCUCGAGGUGCCCACCACCGGCGGCCCGGACGCCAGUGAUGACUCCUCCAGAGCUUCGCCCAGAGCGUCACCUCGAGGUUCGCCCCGAGUUUCGCCACGAGCUUCUCCCCGAGCUUCUCCCAGGGGCUCUCCCAGGGGCUCUCCCAGAGACUCUCCCCGCGGCUCUCCGGGCAUCUCUCCCAGCAGCUCGUCGGGGGACGUUGCCGGGGACGGCGGCCGCGGGACCUACCAGCGGAAGGUGACGCCCGCCGCCGGCGGAGAGGUGGCGAGAUACAAGCCACGCGGCUCGCCCACGCCCGCGCGCAAGAUGUCCAAGAUGGAGCUGGAGGCGCUGCGCGACAGGAAGCGGAUGGGCCAUCUAAAGGAGAUGGAGCGACUGCUCAGGGAGGGGCUGCCCGAGCAAGGCAACGUCUUCGCGUCGGACGGCUUUGUCACGGCCAUCACAUCGCCGGACGCCGCCGCCAAUUUGUUCGGUCUGUUUGACUGGGACGGAGCCGGCUACCUGGACCAGAACGAGUGGAUCGAGUUUCUCAAAGGCCGACAACAGACAAACCAGCAGCGGGAGCUGGUGGAGGUCAUCGAGACGGCCGCCUACCUGAUCUGUGGCUACCAGGACGUCACCCUCGAGCGCUUCGCCAGCAUCCUGCAGGCCAAAGGCGUCGCUCAGAAGUUCUACCGCAUCCUGCAGGAGAAAACCAACAACCACGUGACGGUGGAGGGCGCCAUGGACUUCAUCGCCAACCUGAGCAACGCCAGACCUCGCACUGGAUUUACCAAAGAGAACCUAGAAUGGCUGGAGCAGUUGUUCAGAGGUCAGCUGAAGAAUUCUCAGGAGCUUCACCUGGACGACUUCACCAAGAUCGUCCACUCCAAAAAUCCGUUCUUCGCGGAGCGGGUGUUCCAGAUAUUCGACCGGGACAGCAGCGGCACGGUGUCACUGCAGGAGUUCCUCGACGCCAUGCACCAGUUCGCCGGACAGUCACACGACGACAAGAUCCGCUUCCUCUUCAAGGUGUACGACCUCGACGGUGACGGUCUGAUUCAGCACAACGAGCUGCAGCACGUGAUCCACGCCUGUAUGGAGGAGAACGGCAUGCGCUUCAGCGAGGAGCAGAUCGAGGACCUGACGUGGGCGCUGUUCGAGGACGCCGACGCCGAGGAGACGGGCGCCAUCACCUACGAGGCGCUCAAGGCGCAGCUGGAGAAACACGAGGGGCUGCUCGAGAACCUCUCCAUCAGCAUCGACCGCUGGCUGGUGCCUCCUCAGCCGAAGAAGCGGACGUCCUUCCUGAAGUCGCUGUCCGACAUGGUGCCCUACCAGUUCUCUCUGCCGUACAUCCGCAACAACUACGUCUACCUGGCCUUCCUCUUCCUCUUCCUGGCAGUCAACAUCGGCAUGUUCGUGGCGCGGAUCGUCCAAUUCCUCGACUUCCCGGUCGCCUACAUCAUCGCCAGGGCGUGCGGUUACGUACUGAACUUUUGUUGUGCCUUCAUCGUCGCCGUAAUGCUCCGAAACCUGAUCACGCUGGCUCGAACCAACGGACUCGCGUCCGUGCUGCCUUUGGACGAGCACAUCUACUUCCACAAGAUGGCCGGCUGGUUCAUCUUCAUCUACAGUGCCGUGCACACGAUCGCUCACUUCAUCAACUUCGCGGUGAACGUGGUGCCUCCGGACGGCGCGCUGGCGAUCCUCAACGAGGGUAACUACACGUACGCCGAGUGGCUCCUGACCAUGAAGCCGGGCCAGUUCGGCCUGGUGCCGGGCUUCGCCAACCCCAGCGGCGUCGCCCUCAUGGCCAUCCUCAUUGUCAUGGUCAUCUGCUCACAACCGUUCGUCCGCAAGAAGGGAAACUUCGAGGUGUUCUACUGGACCCACCUGCUGUACGUGCCGUUCUACAUCCUGCUGAUCCUGCACGCGCCCCACUUCUGGCACUGGUUCAUCGUGCCCGGUCUGCUGUACCUGCUGGAGAGGCUGAUCCGACUGGUGCGCACCAAGACGGGCCACGGACGCACCUACAUCAGCUCGGGCAUCCUGCUGCCCAGCAAGGUCACACACCUGGUGAUCAAGCGUCCGGCCAGCAUGGACUACCACCCUGGUGACUACCUGUUCGUCAACAUCCCGGCCAUCGCCAAAUACGAGUGGCACCCGUUCACCAUCAGCAGCGCGCCCGAGCAGGACGAGACGCUGUGGCUGCACAUUCGCGCCCUGGGCGGGUGGACCCACCGGCUGUACGACUACUUCGAGGAGGAGCAGCUCAAGCUCCAGUGUCUGGAGGAGGGCAAAGACCCGGACGAGGUGCUCAAGGGAGAGCCGUCCAGCAUUCAGAAGAUGAAAAAGUCGAUCAAAAGGCUGGCGCCAUCCAGCGACAAGAGCCGAAGAAUCAGUUUCAACACCAAGCCGCCAGAAGUCCACACUGAGGGCGUCGUCAACGAGGCCUGUGAAGAAGUCGGCAUGCAGCCCAUCGAGGAGGAGAAGGAAGGUAAAUAUUGGCGCAGCCGCUCGCCGCGCACUCGGCAGCCCGAAUUGAUUUGCUGUUGACGUGUUCAGUUAGAC